AUGCACAUUGCAGCAGGAGCACCAGUUGCGAAGUUCGAUGUCCUUCAAGAGAACAAAGAUAUGAAGGCUACAAAUGUUUAUUCCUCCAAUCUACAACCGGGUGGUACGAAUUUUAAACAAAGGCCUUCUCCAUUUUUCAUUAUGCAUGAUAGAAGAAAAAGGGCCACAACCACUGUACUAAAAAACAUGGAAGAAAAUCAUGACUUUGACGUUGCUAGAUUGAAUAAUAUCUCCCAGCAUUUAUUAGAAUCCGGAACUCUAUCAGAACACAGUAUGGAUGAUGUGCUUUCUAUAUCUUCCUCAAUUUAUAGCGAAGUAGCGGCAUGGCGAGACAAUGACAAGGAGGAAGACACUUUCAAAAUGCCCAGCCAGGGAUUAAAUGACGACCAAAAAGAGCUAAAAACACAGGUUGGUAGUGAUGAUUACGCGACCAAAAGGCAAGCACCACACAAAGAUAGUUCUUAUUUUACUGGACUAGUUGGUAGAUUGAAAUUCAAGAAUAGAAUAGAAGCUGAAGAGGUCUCAACAAGUGCAAUUGGCACAACGAUCAACUUGAAAGGAUUUCAAAAAUCAUCUGUUAGUGCAGCCGCUACGGAAAAUAAAUUAGAAACUGGUACACUGUCCACUAUGCACUCCGAGGAAAAUAAUUUAAAUCAUACUUCUAGCCUAAUCAAAUAUUCUUACAAAAUGGUAGAUAAUUUAUUGGGUACAUCUUCAGAUCAGAUAAGUUUCAAUGACAGUGAACAUGUGUUUGAGUCUGUUAAAAAAUUUGGAGUGGGUAUAUUCACCCCUCCAACAUCACCAAAUGACAACAAACCAAAUGACACAUUUCUGUUGAUUGGGAAUGAUGCUAACAUGCUUACCACUUCCUUUUCUUCGAUCAGGACACACCAUGAACAUAAAUUUGACACUGAGAGACAAAUGGGAAUGACUCAUACUUUAAGAUGGACUGGAAAUGACUCUGUCGUUAUUGAUGUUCCCGUUACGACGGCAUUUUAUCAAACGAAAUUGGCAAGAGCGAUACCCAGGAGAACCAAGGAUGGAAUUCAAAAAGCGUUUCAAAGGUUAAUAAAAAUGCCAGUAAAUACACAAGAGUAUAUGAAAGUGGCACUUAAGAAUGGAGAUAUUGUCAUGGUGCCAAUCACGAGAGGCGAUGCCAUAAAGGACUAUCUGGUAUUAAAGACAAAUUUACUUGAAGCUUUUAAUUGCAAAGAAAGUGACACUGGCGUGAACUUUUUUGAAAAAAUGAUGGGAGCAUACUGUCCUAUAUGUCUCAGAGGACAAAAAUACCUUAUCUGGGAUGAACUUUCAGGAUUUCGUAAGAAGCACGAUGCCUUCUAUAAGCAAUUACAAAGUCACAAUGGAGGCAAAUGGUUUUAUUCGGUUUACUCUAAGUUUUCUGAAUGGAAGCUAGGAUCCGUAGAGUUUGAAGCACAAUGUGAGCUACAAUUUAGCGGUAUCAUGAGGGCAAUGAGAAGUCACAAGUAUCGUACAUGGAAAAACAAGAACAAUCAAAAGAAAUUAGCUCUUGAUUUCUGUAGGGAAGCCUGUAAAAACAGUGUGAAGGCGGAGCUCUUGGUGGCAUCUGUAAAACUUUGGCAAAUGAAUAGUACAUAA